AAAGAAAAAGUAAAGAGAAGUGCGCUCUCUCUUACUCUCAUCGAUUUUACAAAAUAUCAGCCAUCUCCAAAUUACAGAGUUCUUUCUCAAACCCAGGUUAUCAUUUUCCAAAGUUUGAAGGUGUGUUCCUGUCCCUGCAGAGAUGGCUUGGUACUUAUGAAUGUGUUUAUACUAAUCACUAAACUCGGGGAUUUUGGCUGUAUAAUCAAGAAUUUCAUUUAUUAACAUUGUUUGGCCUUGAAGGCGGUGAGGAUAAACCAGAGCUCAAAACGGGUGCACUCUGUUGUAUUGUGGCCUCAAGGCCACUGGUUACAACAAAAUCUUCACCCCACAGCGGAAGGGAUAUUCCUCAAUCAAGUCAAGCUGAAGCCUUGCAAUGGCGGACAAAUUUCAGCUUCUCACCUGCUGCUGGCUAUACUAGAGAUGGUUUGGAACAGGAUAUGAGUGAUGAGAGUCCCGCUUUUGCAUUGCACUCGGGCAGCAGUAGACAAAGAAAAAGUUUGGAAUUCAGAUUUCAGCAGUCGCCAAGAUGGGCUCCAUACUCAUCUGCUUCUGAUGGGAACGAACAGAAAACCUCCUUGGUUAAUAAUAGUCUAACAAGACCAAAUAGCUCAAAUCCUCAAUGCUUAAACGAGGAGAACGGUUUUGAUAGAGACAGUACCGCCAUCUCAACGAGUUUCAGAUCGUUGCUGUCUCUUUCAGAGUCAUCUGUCCCAUGGGAGACUCCGACCAACAAUCAGUCUUCCAGCCUUACUCACUGCUCUUACCCUCGAGUCUUCUGCAACCCGGUUUCAGUUUGUGAGAAUCCUGAACCUGAUCAUACGCAAGAAGACUCGUCCACAAAUCCUGGUUCCAGUAUCAUGAUGUCCACAAGAAACCACCAAGGCUCACCAGUAGAGGAAGAAGUAUCACCAAACUCGAGCAGCAAUGACAUGUUGCUAGAUGUUGAAAGAUCCAAUGACACAGAAGUCGCAAACCCGAGAUCUGAACAAGGUUCAAUGACACAUCAAAGAUGCGGGAUUUGCAAGAAGCUUUUAUCUCAGAAAUCUCCAUGGAGCUCAUACAAGAUAUUGAGAUCCAGAGACAUGCCAGCCACUGGUGUUUUCCCCUGCCAUCACGUCUACCAUGUUGAGUGUUUAGACAAAGCAACCCCAACAGCUCAAACCAGAGACCCGUCUUGUCCUGUUUGCUCAAACACCAUUGGAGUAAUGGAACAGCCACUGAUAGCACCUGAAACAUUGCAAAUGGCUCUAAGAUCUCUCAGAAGAAGCCGCACAGCUCUAGAAUUAGAGACAGUAAGAGUCCCUUCCAAUGACAAUCAAAGAAGACACAAUACCAGAAGAAGCCAUAAAUGGGACAAACUCAGCUGCUGUUUGAAUAUAAGCUUCUCAUCUUCUUCCUAGAAAUCCAACAUGACCCGAUUAAAU